AUGGGGGAAGAAGAUGGAAUUCUUAUUUUAGUCAAGGAAGACAGUGGCUCCGAUGACCAGAAUUAUUACACCCUGAGCUCUGCAUUCAAUCAGACGGAUGGCGGCCUCCUUUUCAUCGCCAAUCCAAAUACUACCAUACGUAAGGUGUCAGGUGGCCUGGGAUCUUACAUCAGAGGUAACGAUUCCCACAAUCUGUCAUUCAACUUGUCCGACAACGGCUUGUUCUUCAUCCCUCAUCCCAUCUUACUAUGGGCGUAUGGCGAUGACGGGGUGACCUUCCAUGAGGCAUCGUUCAACAUCAACUUCACUAUGAGCAUCUACCAGCCGGAGAACCAGACAAAGAGCACCCUGGUGUUCGCCAUCCAACCUUCACUCGUUUAUUAUAUAGGGUAUCCCAUUUCUUCUCCACCGAUUGGGACCUCCAGCCACACAUCGUCAUCGUCGUCCAGCAACAGCACUGUGGCCGGCAGCCAUGUCUCUGCUCAGACCACCACCGUUUACGGGAAAAUAAAUGAUCCCCGUAAUAAAACAAAUAGAGUCGCCGCCGAGCAAGUAAGCUUGGUACAGAUUGACAUAGAGUCGCCGCCGGGCAAUUCCUCCGGACUGGGGAGCAGGUACAGCGUGUGGAUCGAUUAUGACCGCAUCGAGCACAGCAUCUCCGUCUCCGUCGAUGCUACCCAAGGAACACCGAGCACGGCCACAGCCAACGGGGUCCUCAAACUCAGCAGCAUCAUGACACCAUUUGCAUCCUUGGGCUUCUAUUCCACCAUGGGGCAACUCUUGCAGCUUAACGCAUGGAGCUUGACGGCCGAAAGGCUCCCCUAUUCCUACUCCUAUCCCUCGCAGGGGAAGCUCAAGGGGAACAAUGGCAACGCCAUCAUAUUGUCCUCGGUCCUUGGAUCCACGGCUGCUGUUGCCAUCACUGCGACUGUUGUAUACGUCUACUUCAACUCCAAGUACAGGAAGUGGAUGAAGGAGCAGGACAAGCUCGCCAAAACCAUGCAGCGCCUCCCUGGGGUGCCAACCCAGGUCGACUACGCCGACAUCAGAAAGGCCACCAAGAACUUCCAUGACACCAUGAAGCUCGGGAAGGGCGGAGUUGGGGCUGUGUACCGAUGCACGCUCCCCGCUGCUUCCUUGAGGAUGGGGCGAGGGAUGGAGGUGGCAGUGAAGAAGUUCAUGAGGGAUGUUGAGGACCGACGCUACGACGACUUCCUGGCGGAGGUUAGCAUCAUCAACCGUCUACGCCACAAGAACAUAGUCCCACUCGUCGGUGAGUAA